AGAAAAGAAUAAAAGAAACGUUGAAAGUGUUUAUCCAUUUAGAAGAUGCUAGAAGAGCCUAGUCAGCCCAAGUCCUAUACUAUUACUCGCCAUUUUUAGUAUUCGAAUCAGGACAGUAAAAAGCACCGAGCGAAGAACCAAGGGUUUUCUUUUCACUCAAACCCUCGAAAUUGCUAUCGCUAUUCAGCCCAAGACGCCAUGGACGCGGCGAAACUGAAUCAAUUGAAGCACUUCGUCGAACAGUGCAAAUCCAAUCCCUCCAUUCUCAGCGAUCCUUCUCUUUCCUUCUUCCGAGAUUACCUCGAGAGUCUCGGAGCGGAACUUCCUCCAUCUGCUUACGAGUCUGGAGAUUACAAAUCGAAGUCUCAUGUGGUAGAUGAGAGUGAUGACGACAUGCAGGACACUGAGGAUGAUGCGCAACCACAAGGGACUGCUGCUGAAGAAGAUGAGCCCGAGAUAGUCGAAUCUGACAUUGAGCUUGAUGAGAGUGGAGUUGUGGAGCCUGAUCAUGAUCCUCCACAAAAGAUGGGAGACUCAUCUGUUGAGGUCACUGAAGAAGACCGGGAUGCUUCACAAGAGGCAAAAGCACAGGCCAUGGAAGCAAUUUCUGAAGGUAACCUGGAGGAAGCGAUUGAGCAUCUCACAAAGGCCAUUUUGCUCAACUCUACAUCAGCAAUCAUGUAUGCGACCAGAGCUAGUGUCUACAUCAAGAUGAAGAAACCCAAUGCUGCUAUCCGAGAUGCCAAUGCAGCUCUUGAGAUUAAUCCAGACUCUGCUAAAGGUUACAAAUCUCGUGGCAUGGCACAUGCAAUGCUUGGCCGGUGGGAAGAGGCUGCAAAGGAUCUUCACGUAGCUUCAAAGCUGGACUAUGACGAGGAAAUAAGUGCUGCGCUUAAGAAGGUCGAACCUAAUGCACACAAAAUUGAGGAUCACCGUAGGAAAUAUGAAAGGUUGUCCAAAGAGCGAGAGGAUAGAAAGAUUGAACGUGGGAGACAACGUCGUCGUGCCGAAGCUCAGGCUGCUUAUGAAAAGGCUAAAAAGCAAGAGCAGUCAUCAUCAUCUAGAAGACCUGGUGGCAUGCCAGGUGGGUUCCCUGGUGGAAUGCCGGGUGCCUUUCCUGGGGGCAUGCCUGGAGGGAUGCCUGGAGGCAUGCCCGGAGGCUUUCCUGGGGGCAUGCCCGGAGGUAUGCCUGGAGGGAUGCCUGGUGGUAUGCCUGGUGGUAUGCCUGGUGGGAUGCCCGGAGGUAUGCCUGGAGGGAUGCCUGGUGGUAUGCCUGGUGGUAUGCCUGGUGGGAUGCCCGGAGGUAUGGACUACAGCAAAAUAUUGAAUGACCCUGAGUUGAUGGCAGCGUUUCAAGAUCCAGAGGUCAUGACUGCCCUUCAAGAUGUGAUGAAAAACCCUGCCAAUCUUGCAAAGCAUCAAGCAAAUCCCAAGGUGGCUCCCAUAAUUGCAAAGAUGAUGGGCAAAUUUGCUGGCUCUAAAUGAACUGAGUAUUGUGGACAGAGUUUGACAUGGUUUUUAUCCGAGAUACAAUGUUCACCUUCUAUGUGCCAUUCCCCCAAAUCAUGUGUUGGUCCUUCAACCUUUUUGUAACAGUAAUCAUCGUGGUUGAGUUCCUUGUGUUGUUUUUUAGUUGUACUAAGUACUUUUAUUUUCAGGCAAAAGUUAUCUGCCUAAUAGAUUGAAAGAAUUGAUUGAUCUGACUUAUAUAUUUUGUGAUAAGGCUCUGUAUUGAUGGUUAACAUUUUCCAUCGGCUACUAUCCCCGUAAUAUGCAUGCUAGUUGUCAUAACCGCUGUUGUGGAAAUGCCACCACUGGGAGCAACAGAAGAGGUUUUACAGAUUAUCGUAUAACUCUCAUUUUUCAUGGGCCUGGAGCUGGAGCUGGGUGUGGAUUGGUACCGGUAGGAAUGUCCAAGUUUUCAAAGUCGAUAGAAAGAGCUACCGAAUUCAAAAAGAGUUGGUUAAAGAAAGUAAACCAUUGACCACUCGAAAUGCUUGAUUUCCAG